AUGGCGACCUCAAUCCCCCUCUUCGCAAAAGCGCAACUCGACCUCCUCCUCCUCGAACACGAGGCCGAAGUCUCCACCUCAAAACUAGCCAGCACAGCCGCCUCCGUCUCCCCCGCAACCCGCCGCACCUUACAAUCCACCGGCCAUGCCUUGACAGGCCUAAUACUCUCACAAGUGCGAACGGGCCUCGGCGGCCGCGUCGUCGGCGAGUUUGCGCCCGAUCCUGCGAUUGCCUCAGACGAGACGCGGACCGCGGACGGGUCGCCUCGUUUGGGGUCUCAUGGUAUUCGGGUCGGGGAUGUAGUGAGGGUUAACGAUACGGCGGGGAAGAAAAAGGAUGUUAAAGAUAAGGGCGAAGAUAAGGAGAAGGGUGCUGAAGGUGUAGUUACGAGGACAGGGGACCGGGGAAUUUGGAUUGCGUUUGGGAAGCAGGGGUCUGGAGCGAAGAAGGAAGAUGAUGAGGCUGUUGAGGAGCUUUGGGGGAAGAAGCUGUGGGCUAUUAAGCUUGCUAACGAUGUUACGUAUCGACGAAUGAAGCAGACGAUGGAGAAAAUGGAGAAACUGGGAGAGAAUGAAUAUUCGCAGUUCAUGCGCGUUGCGUUCGGUCAUACAACGCCGUUACCUCGUUCUCCCGAGGAUGUGGAAUUUAUAGAUCCAUCGCUGAACGACUCGCAGAAAGAUGCUAUUCGGUUCGCGCUUGCGGCGCAGGAUAUUGCGCUUAUUCAUGGGCCACCGGGGACGGGCAAGACGCAUACUUUGAUUGAGUUGAUCUUACAGCUGGUUCAGCGGAAGAAGCGCAUUCUUGUUUGCGGACCUUCCAAUGUUUCUGUGGAUAAUAUCGUCGAGCGUUUGGCGAAGACGAAAACACCUGUCGUUCGAAUUGGGCACCCGGCUCGUCUUCUGCCGUCUGUUUUGGAUCAUUCACUUGAAGUUCUUACGCAGACUUCCGAUGCCGGUGGCAUUGUAAAGGAUAUCCGCAAAGAGAUGGAUGAGAAGCAGGCGAGUAUCCGGAAGACGCGGUCUGGGCGGGAGCGACGGGGCAUCUACGAUGAAUUGAAGCUUCUCAGGAAAGAGUUCAGAGAACGCGAGUCAAAAUGCGUCAACAAUCUUGUCACGGAGAGCAGCGUUGUACUCGCAACGCUCCAUGGAGCGGGUGGACAUCAGCUCAAGAACCAGAAAUUCGACGUCGUGAUCAUCGACGAGGCAAGUCAGGCACUGGAAGCACAAUGUUGGAUCUCACUUCUCCACGCCGACAAGGUUGUCCUUGCAGGUGACCAUUUACAACUACCGCCGACCGUCAAAUCCACCGGCCAAAAGCCCAAGAAGUCCAAAGACGCAGCGCCAACAGAAGAGAUCCUCAAAGGUGUCUCCCUGGAACGCACCCUCUUCGAUCGUCUCCUCGCACUCCACGGCCCGGGCAUCAAGAGCAUGUUAACGACACAAUACCGCAUGCAUGAAACAAUCAUGCGAUUCCCCUCCGACGAGCUCUAUGAAGGCAAACUGAUCGCCGGGGAAGCAGUCAAAGCCCGACUCCUCGCAGACCUACCCUACGAAGUACGCGGCACAGACGAUACGCAAGAACCGCUAGUGUUCUGGGACACGCAAGGUGGGGAUUUCCCCGAGCAGGCGGAAGACGCAGACACCUUACUUGGGGACAGCAAGAGCAACGAGAUGGAAGCGAUGGUCGUUGCACGACACGUGGACCAGCUCAUCGAUGCGGGCGUACGACCCGACAGUAUCGCCGUGAUCACGCCCUACAAUGGCCAAUUGGCACUCCUAUCUCGGAUGCUCCGGGAGAAAUACCCAGGCAUUGAAUUGGGGAGUGUGGAUGGAUUCCAGGGGCGUGAGAAAGAGGCGGUGGUGGUGAGUUUGGUGCGUAGUAACGCGCAGCACGAAGUCGGGUUCCUUGCUGAGAAACGACGAUUGAACGUGGCGAUGACGCGCCCGAAGAGACAUUUGUGUAUUUGCGGAGACUCGGAGACGAUUAGUCGUGGAAAUAGUUUCCUUCAGCAUUGGAUGGAGUUUCUGGAAGAGAAUGCGGACUUGCGAUACCCGGAUGCUGGCGAUCUGCUAUAG